AUGAACUUUAAAUUUGUAUUGUUUUUUGUUCAAAUGGCUGGAGUCACUAUGGCACACAUGAUUAGAGUUACAAACAACUGCCCGUUUACUGUAUGGCCCGGCAUACAAGGGAACACAGGACAGCAACAUCUCGAAAACGGUGGAUUUUCGGUGGACGCUUACAAGACCCAUUUCAUUCUCUCGCCUCGAACUUGGGCAGGCAGAAUUUGGGGUAGGACUAAUUGUGACAGUGAAGGAAAAUGCGAAACAGGCGAUUGCGGGAACAAGAUCCAAUGCAACGGGACCUUGGGCGUGCCACCCUUGACUCUAGCCGAGAUACAGUUUGCCGAGUCCGACAACAUUGACUUCUACCACGUGUCGCUGGUUGACGGAUUCAACCUGCCGAUCAGGAUUAUGCCGAACAAGUAUCCAUCGAAAAAAAGCACCGACUGCAAGCCGGCUGACUGCGUUGCCGACCUGAACAGCAAGUGUCCGGACAAACUGGCCGUCAAGGCGGCCGAUGGCUCAAGCGUGGUAGCGUGCAAGAGCGCCUGUGCGCUGUUUAACACGGACAGUGAUUGCUGCCAAGGUGUUUACACCACUCCAGCCACUUGUAAGAGCAGCUCGUGGCCCCAAAACUAUCCGCCAUUCUUUAAGGAAGCCUGUCCGUACUCCUACAGUUACCCGUUCGACAACACGACUAGCACGUUUACGUGUCGAGGCAAUCCGUUAACCAAGUUCGACAUUGUAUUUUGCCCUUAA